AUGGCGAUUGAUAAGAGUUGGACGAAGUUGAGAAAUCGUGCAUGUGAUGCUUAUUGGAAUGGUCUCCAAAAUUUCAUUAAUAUGGCGUCACAACACAAAGAUUGUGAUGGGAGAAUAAGAUGUCCAUGUGUCAGAUGCAUGAAUCUUAGACUGCAAACUUUGGAUGUCGUUCAAGCACAUAUAUUCGAUCGGGGUUUCCAACAGAGUUAUGAACAGUGGAUUUAUCAUGGGGAAGUCGAGGAUGAAGGGAUGGAUGAGAAUGAGCCCGUAGAUGAGAUGCGAGAUGUCGUUGACGAUUUCCUUUUACCGAACAAUGCUGAAGAAGCUAACAGUGGAAUGGGUCAGUACUAUGACGAGUUAUUCGACGAGAUUGAAGCUGAGUUGUAUCCGGGUUGUGAUUGGAUAUCAUCGCUAAACUUUUUAGCUAAGCUGAUGCACUUGAAAGUGAGGGGGAAGAUACCGAACAACACAUUUGAUGAAUUGUUGAAAUAUGAUUGCUGUUUAUUUUUUAAUGAGCAUGCAUCUAAAGAUUCAUGUCCGGUGUGCGGGAGUAGCAGGUGGAUAAAUGAGAAGAAUAAAGGGAAAAAAGUUCCGCAUAAGGUGAUGCGUUAUUUUCCGUUGAUUCCCCGAUUAAAAAGAUUGUACAGUUCAAGGUAUACAGCGGAAGAGAUGCUAUGGCAUCAUACUGGGAGAUCGAAAGAAGAGGGGAUGAUGCGUCAUCCGGUUGAUGGGUUAGCAUGGAAGGAUUUUGAUGCCAGACAUCCAGAUUUUGCAAGAGAUCCUAGAAAUGUUCGUCUGGGCUUGGCUGCCGAUGGGUUCAAUCCAUUUGGCAACAUGAGUUUAUCGUACAGCAUGUGGCCUGUUGUCUUAACGAACUAUAAUCUGCCACCCUGGCUUUGUAUGAAGGAUCAUUAUUUCAUGCUGACUCUUCUUAUUCCUGGGCCAAAAUCACCAGGCAAAGACAUUGAUGUAUUUUUGAGGCCAUUGGUGGAAGAGUUGAAAGAGCUUUGGAUUAACGGGGUGGAAACUAGGGAUGGUAGAAACAAUAGCAUGUUCAAGAUGCGUGCGACCCUUUUGUGGACGGUAAACGAUUUUCCUGCUCGAAGUAGUUUGUCUGGAUGGAGUGGUCAGGGUUACAAGGCCUGUCCUACAUGUAACGAAGACACAUCCUCUAUCCGAGUGAUUGGUAAGACAUCUUAUGUUGGUCAUAGACGAUUCUUGACCAGUAAUCAUCGGUGGAGAAAGGAUACUCAAUUCGACGGAAAAGUUGAGAGAAGAUGUCCUCCAAGAAAGUUUACUUGUCAGGAUAUCUUAGAUCAAGUUACUGCUCUACCACCUCAAGUCCCGGGGAAACAUGAGAGGUUUGGAGGUUUGAAACGAAAAAGAGGUGCGGAAGAUAGUAACUGGAGGAAAAAAAGCAUCUUUUAUGAACUUGACUACUGGAGUACGAAUGAGUUAAAACACAACAUAGAUGUUAUGCAUGUUGAGAAGAAUGUUUGUGACAGUGUCCUUGGUACUAUCUUGGAUAACGAUAAGUCCAAAGACACUACAAAUGCAAGACAUGAUCUAAAGAAUAUGGGAGUUAGGGACGCAUUGUGGAUAUAUGAAGAUCAGAAUAAAAAGUUAAUGAAACCACAUGCUCCCUACGUGUUGACUCCUGAAGAUAGGCGAGAAUUUCUUCAAUUUCUAAAAGGUGUUAAACUACCAGAUGAAGAGGCUUUAUUGGGUGGGCCGGUAUUUAUGAGAUGGAUGUAUCCUUUUGAAAGAUACAUGAAGAAAUUAAAAAACUACGUCAGGAAUAAAGCUCGUCCUGAAGGGUCCAUAGCUGAAGGAUAUGUGGCGGAUGAGGCUUUAACAUUUUGUUCCAUGUAUUUCAAAGGUGUGGAAACCAAAUUUAAUCGUCCGGAUCGAAAUGUGGAUAUAGUUUAUGUUCCACGCCACCUAUCAGUGUUUCAAUCUCAAUGUCGUCCAUUGAGUAAGGGACUUCAAGUGUCUCUCGAUGAAAAGACUCGGAAUAUAGCUGAGUGGUUCAUACUGGAGAAUUCUUCGGAAAUUGAAGUCUAUAUGGACGAACACCUUCGUGAGAUCAAACAGAGGGAUCCAUUGGGCGAUCAUAACCUUUUGCACAAAAAAGAGUUUCGUUCCUGGUUUCACGAGAAGAUAUAUGACUUGCACCAGCUCGGGUCAUUAGAGAAUGGAGAUGAGUUGCUAGCUUUAGCAUCCGGGUCUGAUCUUUUGGCGUACUCCUAUCAAGCAUGCAACAUCGCUCGACCUUAUUCCACUGCUCAAGAGACUGAUGAUUUUAUUAAUGAUGAUGAAGAAGUCGAAGACGUAGAAGAAGCAGAUGAUGAGGAUGAUUUACUUGUUGACCUUAGUGAAGAUGAAAACACCAAUCCUGUUUCACCUUUAGAUGUUGAUUUGUUAAGUGAUGACAGUGACUAUUGUACUUAG